GCUCUAAGUAAACGGCGCCAGAGUUGGAUCUCAGCCCUGGGAGGUCACCGGGGUCCCCGCCAAUCCAAACGUGGUUAGCGCGGUCUCGAGCACGUCCAUAGGCGGACCUCGCCUUCAUCGCGUUGUGAACAGGUCCCCUUACGGAUCAUCGCCGUCGCAACGCUCUCUCUCUUUAUUAUCCUUUCUUUCCCUCGUUUCCUGGUCAGUCAGUCGAGUCAUGCGAACGGCGGUCAUCUCUUGCUCGCUGCCGACUGCCUUCAGCCUGGCUGGGUCUGUCACUGUUUGAUUUCUCACCCCAUCUCCCAGGCGGCCUUCGACGAUACGUCUCGCGCAACGCCUUAUCAGCGGCGAACAGAAUAAUAACAGCAUCAUCUACUUGUGUUUCAUUUAUAGCCAUGGCGCCGAUGGCUGUUCCCAGACCUACUCCUCGCGCUUCGAGGCCGCGAUCCAAGGCCCCGUUGAAGGGCGGCCGGCCGUCCGAUCCAGACCGCAGCGAAGGACCUCCGCUUAAGAAACGAAAGUACAUACCAGGUGGACCUGGAGGGGGAGGCAGAUAUGUCGAAAUUGAUGGCACUGAGACACAGGCAGGCCCAACCGCUACAGGAGGCCAGACCAAGUCCACUAGCCGAACACGUCCGCAUACGCGAGAUCAUAAGAGCAACUCUGUCCAACCGCCGCCAACGACGCCCCCGUCAACACGUCCAAGACGAGAAAAGAACCAAAACCGCGCGAGAUACAGUUCUGCUACGGCUGCAGCCCUCGCGCUGCAGCAGGAUGAUGGAUACAAGCCCCGAGAGGAGAGGGGUUGGGAAGAGUUCCACCCAGACCUUGACAUUGAGGCGAAAUUCGCCGUCUUCAGCUCAGACGAAGUCGAUGGCUUGACUCGGUCCUCGAGUCUUCCACAAGAUGAGUCGCACCGUGGUCCAGGUGGGAAUGCUGAGGGAGAAGGUUCGGGUGAUGCGGCCACGAAUGGGAAUGAGGUGCCACCUCCACCUAUCAUCACACCCUUGAAACGUGGUCGAGGCCGUCCUCCUCGACGUCCUGAUGCCAUGCUCAGCGGUAUAAUCACUCCUAAAGAACCGAAGGUAGUGCCUCUUCCUGGCCCGAACCCCCGCGAGAGACUCACCUUACCUAAGCCGUCCUUUCAUCUCCGAGAUCCUUUCGUUCGUUAUGAACAGAAGGGAAUCGGCCAACAGAAUUAUGUCGACCGUACCAUGGCCAGCGUCGGGUAUCAGGAGAGCGACCUCUUUCUCCGUCACGAUCGACGCCUAAUUCGCAUGACAGAAGGUGCUCAAGAGGAAGACUUGGACAUUAGCCAGCCUACAAAUACAGAAGGAGACAUAAACUCGGCAAUCGGUGGCGCUGGUGUAGGCAAGGUUGAGUAUGACAUGGACGAGCAAGAUGAAAAAUGGCUAGAGGACUACAAUGCGAAGCGGCGAGAGGACCAGCUGGAAGCCAUUAAACCGGCAGUCUUUGAGAUCACUUUGACCAAGAUCGAAAAGGAAUGGUACGCACUCGAAAAGCGCAUCCCAAAGCCAAACCCCAAGCCUCCGCAGACACAGCGACCUCGUUCGAGCUCCGCAGCGGCUGUGAAUGGGGAGACCGCCGGUCCAGGCGAAGAACAGGAUAGCAAGUGUGCAAUUUGCGACGACGGUGAUUGUGAGAACUCCAAUGCAAUCGUCUUCUGUGACGGGUGUGACCUUGCAGUCCAUCAGGAAUGCUAUGGUGUGCCAUACAUCCCUGAAGGUCAGUGGCUUUGUCGAAAGUGCCAGCUUAUUGGUCGGGGUUCACCUAACUGCAUCUUCUGCCCGAACACUGAAGGUGCUUUUAAACAGACGACAAGCUCAAAAUGGUCGCAUCUGCUGUGUGCAAUUUGGAUUCCUGAGGUUUCUAUAGGGAACAUGUCUGUGAUGGAACCAGUCACCGACGUGGAAAAGGUGCCGCGAAGCCGAUGGAAACUCACUUGUUAUAUCUGUAAGCAGAAGAUGGGUGCCUCGAUCCAAUGUAGCAACAAGAACUGUUUCGUUGCGUUUCACGUUACGUGUGCUCGGAGGGCACAGCUCUAUCUGAAAAUGAAGUCGGGCCACGGUAGUCCUGCGAUCAUGGACUCGAACCUGCUGAAAGCUUUUUGUGACAAGCAUGUGCCGCCAGAUUGGCGAAGGGAACAUAAUACUGAUGUUGCUACUGCUGAGGCAGUCGAAUAUUACAAAAACACCAUGCACGGAAGACAGUGGGGUGAUAGUCAGGCAGCUGCGUUGGCAUUGGAACCAUCUUAUUCCCACGAGAUGGAUGCUUUUUGUGAUGACGGUCACCACAUGAACACACCGCGGCUGACCCUUACCGUGGGGGGCAAUAAAAAGAAGCGGUUAGCAGCUCCCAAGACCGUCUGGAAGCUGCCGUCUGGAGCCCCUGUGAUACCACAGGUCGUGCUCAACUCUGUUGUCGCAUCUCUUCAGAGAUUCUCUGUCCGCCAGAGAAAACAGUACGCUGAAGAUGCGUGCAAAUAUUGGACACUUAAACGAGAAGCCAGACGAGGGGCAGCACUAUUAAAGAGAUUGCAACUCCAGCUUGAGACAUUCUCUUCUAUGGAGAUGACUAGAAGGAACUUCGCCGGUAUGGGGCCUAUAGGCGGCGUAAGGCUGCAGCGACGCAUCGACUUCGCCGAGAGACUCUUUGUGGACCUUGACAAGAUAAGGAUAUUGUGUGACGAGGUUAAGAAACGAGAGAGAGAAAAGUUGAAGGAUGCAGAAAUGCUUCGAAGUAUCGUAGACACUGUUUACUUUCCCAUACCUCCUAUUCUCUGGCCAAUAUUCGAAAAGGCACAAGCGCUUGACAACAAGGCCGCUUUCCGACCUGGGCUCCUUGCAGUGCGCUCAAAACUAGAAGAGCGCGCCUAUACAUCUGUCGCUGCGUUUUCUGCCGACCUGGCGAGUGUCUUCACGUCAGAGAUCGGUGUCCAACCUGCUGGGGACACCGCCGAAUUACAGAUGCAGAUCAGUGGGCGAGCCCCGGAACUCAGUCUGGAACAACGCGAAAAGCGAAAGCUGGCGAAGAGAAUCAUCAAGUCUAUCCAGCCAGCACUAGAGGAUGCGAUCAAGAAGGAGAGCGAGUUGAAUGGCCGGCCUUUCGAGAAAGAACUGAAGGAUCUCGAUUUGAUUCUGGAGAGUAGUGUUCUUUCUCGGAGGGCGUCCGUGGCAGCUGGGGCUCCUGCUGAGCAGGAAGUUCCCGGAAAACCCAUGGCCAUUAAUGGUGAAGUCGAGGAUGUGCCCGAGUCUGAGGCAGCAGCCACCAAAGUCGAGCCCGAUCUAGGCCGCGUGGAGGAUGAGCCGCGGGAUAUAGCCAUGCCUGAUGCUGAUGAGGUUACCAGCUCCGCUAAAGCCCAGGAUACACAACCGGGAACCGAAACCGCAGAAGCGGAAGCUGUAGCGCCAGGCGAAAGUAACAAUCCUCCAUUAGAGGCGGUCGACUCUAAUCAUGCAGCCGUGAAUGGUGUUAUCAAGCACGACCAUGAGAGCGUCGAGUCGCAGGCUCCCGGUGGAUCUGGAGUUCCGCAGCGAGGGCCCUUGACACCGCCCUUGAGUUUCCAGGGAGAUCAACAACUUCCUCUGGAGCAAGGUGGCAUCCAGUGGUACAUGCAGCCUUUCGACCCCGUUGGAACCACCAUCCAUGAAGAACGCUGGACGGGGAGGGAUGUCAUGCGGGGAAUGAGUGAAGAGCUGAGUGAACUUGACGAGGAUGAGCUUAAGGACCUGGUCGACAGUGAACCGGAGCUCACGGAGGCCGCGCCUAAUGGUACUGCCGAAGUGAAGGGCCAGCCUGCCGUUGCGACCGACGACACGGCUGUCAAGGUCCAUCGGACAAGGAGACGAUGGCGGGGAUUCAAGUAAAGCCCGUCUGUUAUCCCAUUGUUACAUGUAUGUAUGAUGUGUAUUAUUCAUGACAGUCUGGAAGGCGUUAUUCGGACGGACAGUUUUCAGUUUCAGGAGUUCUGGAUGCAGGCCAGCGUUAUUUGAUGAUACCUCUUGGUAGUUGACCAGCGUCCUUCUGAAUGACUUCAAAAAAUUGUAUACUCUAGUGUAUUCUUAUAUGUAUGGGGCCAGCCGCGCAAUAGUCGUGUACCUAGUAUAGGCAGUUAACUAUGCAUCGAGUAAAGUAGUAAGUACAUGAUUGACGAAAUCAAGUGGUCGUUUCUUCCAG